CGGGGCGGAGCGCGGCGCUGCGCGGAGGGCUGGGCCGGGCCGGGCCGGGUCCCGCCGUGGCCCGCCGCCAUGGACCCGUUCCUGGUGCUGCUGCACUCGGUGUCGGCCGGCCUGUCGAGCAGCGAGCUGACCGAGCUCAAGUUCUUGUGCCAGAGCCGAGUGGGCAAGAGGAAGCUGGAGCGCGUGCAGUGCGGCCUCGACCUCUUCUCCGUGCUGCUCGAGCAGAACGAGCUGGACCGCGAGCGCACCGGGCUGCUGCGCGAGCUGCUCGCCUCCCUGCGGCGCCAGGACCUGCUGGGGCGCCUGGACAGCUUCGAGGCGGGCGCGGCGGCCGAGGUCUCGUCGGAGGAGCGAGACCUGCGUGCAGCGUUCGACAUCAUAUGUGACCACGUGGGGAAGGACUGGAGAAGGCUGGCCCGCCAGCUUCGAGUGUCUGACGCCAUGAUCGAUGCCAUCGAGGAGAAGUAUCCCCGCAAUCUGACAGAGCAGGUGAGGGAGUCGCUGAGAGUCUGGAAGAACAUCCACAAGGAGGACCCGGCUGUGUCCCUCCUGGUGAGGGCGCUCAGGGCCUGCCAGCUGAACCUGGUGGCCGACCUCAUCGAGGACGAUCAGCAGGCCCGGAGCCUCGAGAGCGAGACCAGUCGAGGUGGCGGCACCGGCACCACGUCCCUGACGUCACGGGACUCAGAUAGGCCGUCCUCGGGGGUCCCCUGGUGACCCAGCGGCUCUUCCCCGGGGGCCUGGGGGCGUCGGCACAGCCCGAACUUUGGUUCCCCCCGCCAAGCUUGACCACGUGCCUUCCGCGUGCCAGUGCCGUGAAGUCCUAGCCGUGAGCCGGCACGAGGGACCCAGCGCUCAAGGCCCAGAGUGGCGUCUCCAUCAGAGCUGCCAUUCACUGAGCAUUUGCUCUGUGCCAGACGGGACUUGGGCGCGUACAGAUGCUUUCAUUCGUUCCUCGUGAUCGCCCCAGAGAGGGGGAGUCUGUUGUCCCAUUAAAUGAGGCCCUGCGGGAGGAAGUUUGGGAUCCACAUCCAGCACACAGAGGGACAUAAAAGUCAGCGUUACCACUGUCGUCACCAUACGGGUGGGGAGACAGUGCCGAGGCCAGCGGCCGGGCGGUCGGCAGCCGUGGGAAAGCAGGGAGUUGAGCCGGGGCCAUGAGGCUCCAGCGUCCACACGGGCCCACAGGGUCAUUCUGUUGCUCCCAGAGCCGGCCAGAGGCUUUGAGGCCGUCAGCGUAGACCCAUGUACCCGGACAGGUGGCGUGGGGAAAGCUGGUGGGCUCGUGGCCCUUGCCUGUGUCAAGGGACAGCAAGGCUUAUGAGGACGGCCGGGAAUAACACUGUUAAGUGCUCAGGGGUGAUUGGUGCAGAGUCCGUGCUCUACAGAUGUUAGUUCUUAGGAGUAUUAUGACUUCAGAACCAUGACUAUCAAAAUCACUGUUCUGAUAACGGAUUUUAGUAAGGGAGCUGGAUCCUGUAAUUGUCAAGAGCGGUCUUUGUGCUUCGGAGGUAAUCCUCUUAAAGCCUGCGCCUGUACAGUGAGAAGCUGCACAAUACAGAGAAUUUCCCUCCCUGAU